UAAUGUUGGUGCUUUUACAACUACUUUCACACUUGACAUCGACUACAGCUACAGCUGAACCACAAGUCGGAAAUAAAGAUUUGGACUAUUUGACAUUGCGAUCUCAAGGUUUUGAAGCUUAUGCUGAGAACAGGUACAGUGACGCAGCGGUGCUCUUCACUAGAGCUAUUGAUAACUUCUGGUUCCGUAGACGGGUGAAUAGCAUGUGUAUUGAACAGUGUGUUAAAGACAAAACUUUAGUAGACGAAGUGCAGACAAUAAGUGUGUACCUAGCAACUAGCACAUGUGUUGACAACUGUUGCCAUGGUAAACUAGGUGACCCUGUAGUUUCUCCUGACCCCCUUAUAGAACACAUAUUUAGGAAGAACCAGUAUUAUGACGUCAUACAGAUGUGCUGGCACGCGGAUAGGAAUUACACAGGGAAUAUAGAAGCAGCAGAGACAUUCUUACUGCAUAACCCCACUAAUGUUGGCAUGUUUAGCAGGUUGCAGGACUUGUAUAAAAUAUUCCAAGUUGAUGGCGAUGUUUUGCCAAGAAUGGAGCCGCAUUACCAUAGCCAGUACAGAAGAGGAGUGGAUUCCUACCAGAAGCAGGAGUGGGGACAGUGUGUGUACUAUCUAGACAGUGCUAUAGAGAACUUUAUACGAAGUAGUAACCUGUGUAGAGCACAGUGUACUUACCAGUACGAUAAAAUACCUUCACAACACAAGGUAACCUCGUUUGUGUCAGCAGCAGCUGAGAUAGUCGAGAAGACAGGAGCUUGUAGAGCCCAGUGUUACGAGGAUCUGGACCUCAGACCCUUCACUAACAGUCCUUAUCUUGCCAGUAUUCUGGAGUACUUGCAGUUCUGUCAGUACAACUGUAAGUAUUACGCACUAAGUAUGUAG